GCGCGCCGCGCAGUCACUUCACGCGGUCUCGCGUGGUCUCACGUCGUGUUUCACGAUCGGUUGGCGUGUUUUUCUGUUCUUUUUUUUCCAGUAUGAGGGCAUUAGUUUUAAAGCGGGUGGUCCUGGUGUUGGGGGGCUUUGGGCUGGUCUUCUACGUGAGCACGUUUCUGAGGACCACGCAGGAACCUGCUGACAAAGAGCUGGAAGAACCGCGGAUUAUGCGCUUUUUCUCGGAUGUGCAGAAAAACAUCAGCGAUAUCUUUAAUGUACUCCAAGCUUUUGAGCAAAAGCAGAAAAUGAUGCAGAAAAUGCUUGACAAGGACCAAGGUGAUCAGAGAGCAGCCGCGGACGUCAAAAAACAGCCGGAGCAACCUUCCGCAGAGAUUAAAGACCAACAGAAGCCCCCCAAGGAGAAGAAGUCAAACAAACUGUUCCCAGACUCAGCCCUAUUCAAGCAGUGGGGGGAAAACCUGUCCGAGGACGUCCAAACGGAGGCACAGAGUUUGUAUUUGAAGUACGGAUACAACGUUUAUCUCAGCGAUCGCCUUCCUCUGGAUCGAGCUCUUCCAGAUACCAGGGACAAAAGGUGUAUGAACAAGAUUUAUCCCAAGGACCUGCCAAGUUUGGGUGUGGUGUUGAUCUACUUGAACGAGGCCUUGUCUGUUAUUAAAAGAGCUGUGCGCAGCAUCAUCGACCGCACAUCGAAAAACCUGCUGAAGGAAAUAAUAUUGGUGGAUGACAACAGCUCCAAUGAUGACUUGAAGGAGGACCUUGAUCUGUACAUGAAGAUGAUCGAGCAGCAGAACCCGAGUCUCAGAAUUACGAGGGUGAGGCACAGUGAGCAGCGAGGUCUCGCACACGCCAGAGCUUCUGGAUGGGAGGUGGCUACGGCUGACGUGGUGGCCAUCCUGGACGCGCACAUCGAAGUCCAUGAGCUGUGGGCUGAACCCCUGCUCACACAGAUCAAAGGUGACCGGACGGUGGUGACGUCCCCCGUGUUUGAUAGAAUCAACUUUUAUGACCUCAAGGUGAUCAAAUACCAACCAGCAUCGCACGCAUUCGACUGGGCUCUAUGGUGCAUGUACGAGGGCUUCUCAGACGACUACUACAAACUCCAGGACCCCUCGUUGCCAGGGAAAAGCCCAUCUGUCAUGGGGAUCCUAGUGGCUGACAGGAAGUAUCUCGGAGAAAUUGGAGUCAUCGACAAAGGCAUGAAAGUAUACGGUGGAGAGAAUGUCGAGCUGGGAAUUCGUGUGUGGACUUGCGGAGGAAGUGUAGAAGUAGUUCCAUGCUCCCGGAUCGCUCACAUCGAGAGGGCACACAAGCCCUACAUGCCCAACCUGAGACACGCCAUGAAGAGAAACGCCCUGAGGGUCGCGGAAAUCUGGAUGGACGAGUACAAACACAACGUCAACUUGGCUUGGAACUUGCCAUUUGAGAAUCACGGAAUUGACAUCGGGGACAUCUCAGAGAGGAAGAAACUCCGGGAAACGUUAAAAUGUAAACCUUUCAAAUGGUACCUGGAAAACGUUUAUCCCAAAUUGAAUCCCUGGGACAACAUAGUUGCUUAUGGAGGACUGAAGAAUCUUGAUGCUGACAUGUGCUUAGACCAAGGCCCAGUACCGGGCAACACACCCAUCGCCUACAACUGCAACUACUAUGGACGUCAACUCGCCUACUAUCGCUCAAACGGUGAGCUUUAUAUCGGCGGCAUCGAGUCCCACAAGUACAAUGACAACCGUUGUGUAACUGAUGUUGGGAAAAAAGACACAGAGCCUGGCCUUUACAAUUGCAAAGAGGCUAUGCAAAAAGGGAUGCGGAUUUACUGGGACUUCACUCAGGGCAAAGAAAUGAAGAACAGAGACUCAAAAAAAUGUCUGGAGAUCAAAAAGGGCAAACUUCUAAUACAAGAAUGCUCUGGUCAAAGAUGGGAAAUCCAAAACAUAAUCAAGCCCUUUUAACAGAGUGUCUGUGGCCAUCCAGAAGUGCACUUGUCUUUCCAUAGGUCAGUGGAUACUUUCACCUGUAUGUUUUAAGCUAUGACCUUAAUGACGAUCUUUUAUUAUUUAAUGCUUCUCUAUUAUAAGAUAUUUUGUUAAUAUUUAAUUAAACCAUCUGCCCUAAAAACAAAGCUUUGGUUAUUUGGGAAGUGCUCAGAAAAGAAAUAAAUGUCUAAGUUAGAUAGAACAUACAUUGCUAUUUAAGGCUUUAGUUCUAUAACAAUUAGCUAAUGAUUGCAAAUGUUUCAUCUGGAAUGGUUUUUAUUCAACGUGGUUUGGUGCUACUGGGUGAAUAUUAGGUUUGAAAAUAUAGUAUAAAUGUUGUUUUUUUGUCAUUCAUUUACACUUACCAUUGUGCAAAGUUGGGUGAUGCUGAAGUAGACACCUUACAGAAAUUCAAACACAUCUGGUAAAAGGAAAAGGAGUCAAUAAUAGAUGAGUAAACAUCCGGGUGCAUUCAUAAAGGCAAACUCAACAAUACAAAUAUUUAACAGGUGAAGCGUUCAACCCACUAAGCAAGGCCUCCUCCAACCAUGGCGGCUUUGUCAAUAACCAGGUUCCCAACAAGUUUAAAGCUGAUGCACAAUGGCUUUUUUAUUAUUCAAGGUUUGUCUUGUUAUUUUUGUAAUUCCAAAAAAGUUAUGCAAUGGAAACUGUAUUAGUUAAUCGCUUUGAGUGUUAAAGGGGGUCUUGGUCAGCCUUGUCACCUCUAGCGUCAACAAAAGGGAAAGCUAUAUUUGGGACUUAAUUGUGAAUUUAUAUGUGGGUUGGUUGUCUCUUUUUUUUAUUCAUAGCACACAUCAGUGGAACCCUACACAGCGUUUGUUAUUACGCA